AAAUCAUCAUCAUCUUCAUCAUCAUCUUCGUCAUCGUCUCCAGCGCCACACACGACUCCGUCUCCUCCGCCAUGGCUGCUCCUCCAAGCUCCAUCGAUCCCAACAGCGGCUUCUGCAGCGCCAACAGCAUCUACUACAACCUCCGCCCCCCUCUCUCUCCCUUCUCCCUCCCUUCCCCUCUCCAUCUACUCCUACGUCCUCUCCGUCCUCCCCUCCCCUCCUCCUCUCUACCCCGCCAUCAUCCUCUCAUCAUCAUCAUCAUCAUCAUCAUCCCUCUCGUUUUCCCUACUCCUCUCCCAGAUAUCCUCCCUCGCCGCCUGUCUCCGCUCCAAUCUUCGCAUCUCCAAGGGCGACGUCGUCUACAUCCUCGCCCCAACCUCUCUCGAGAUCCCCAUUCUCUACUUCGCUCUCCUGUCGAUCGGCGCGGUCGUAUCCCCUUCCAACCCUCUCAGCUCUCCCGACGAGAUCGCCCACCAGCUCCGCCUCACCAACCCUUCCAUCGCCUUCACGACCGCUUCCUUCGCUUCCAAGCUCCCUCACCACCUCUCCGUCGUCCUUCUUGAUUCCCCUCUCUUCCGAUCCUUUCUCGAGCGUAGACCCCCCUCCCUCCCUCCCAUCGAGACGAACCAGCACGACCCUGCCGCUAUUCUCUACUCCUCCGGCACCACCGGUCGGGUUAAGGGCGUCGUCAUCACCCAUCGCAACCUUAUUGCUGUCAUCGCCGGGUAUCUCGCCUCCCGGGAAGCCAAUCCCUUGGAGAACGGCCCCGGUGUGACCCUAUUCACGAUCCCGUUGUUCCAUGUGUUCGGUUUCUUCAUGAUCAUCAGAUCCAUUGCGCUCGGAGACACAAGUGUGCUAAUGGAGAAGGUGGAUCUCCCGACGAUCUUACGCACCGUGCAGGCUCAUAGGGUGAGAUUCAUCCCCGUCUCACCACCUCUGGUGCUGGCACUAGCCAAGUCCGAUCUCAUCCCCAAAUUCAACCUCUCAUCCCUAGAGAGCCUCGGCUGCGGCGGCGCCCCUCUCGGCCGCGAGCUCGCCGAGCUCUUCUCCGCUCGGUUCCCCUCCGUCAAUAUCAACCAGGGUUAUGGAUUGACGGAGUCCUGUGGUUCGGCAGCGACACAAUCAGAUCCAGAGGAAUGCCGGGUGUUCGGAUCGACAGGGAAGCUCUCGGCAGGAUUGGAGGCGAUGAUAGUGGAUCCGUCCACAGGGGAGGCACUGCCACCGGGCCGCCAAGGGGAGCUCUGGUUGCGUGGCCCUACCAUCAUGAAAGGAUACAUUGGUGAUGAUGAGGCAACCGCAGCUACGUUGGACUCAGAAGGUUGGCUGAAGACGGGUGAUUUAUGCUACUUUGACCAGAAUGGGUUUCUUUUUAUUGUUGACAGACUGAAGGAAUUAAUUAAGUACAAGGCAUAUCAGGUGCCCCCUGCUGAAUUGGAGCAAAUUCUUCAGUCCCAUCCUGAAAUCGCUGAUGCUGCUGUGAUCCCGUACCCUGAUGAAGAAGCAGGACAAAUUCCUAUGGCCUUUGUAGUUAGACAACCUAGGAGCAGCAUAACCGAAAAUCAAAUCAUGGAUUUUGUCGCAAAACAGGUCUCUCCAUACAAGAAAAUUCGGCGUGUUGCUUUCAUCAGCUCCAUACCAAAAUCAGCAGCAGGAAAAAUCUUAAGAAGAGAACUAGUAAAUUAUGCUCUCUCUCCUCCAACAUCAAAAUUAUGAAACUGUUGUUUCAUAACUUUAGAAUGGUAGAUAAUGUCUAUAUAUUUACUAUUUGAAUUUUUAUAUUAUUGAAGUUUUAAUGUUCAUUUGAUGCAAGUAUUUAUUUAUUUUUAAUAUGAUGUUUGCUAUUAUUAUUA